CUAUAACCCACACACCGUGGGGUGGGGACUCGGAAAGUAAGGUGUAGUUGAAGACUAGUCGUCCACAGGAUAUGAUAAGGUGUCCCCCCGUUUCCGCUCGGCUCUACACAAACCAUUUUCUCUUAAUCUCACUUCCCUUUAACGUUUUCUCUCACACACCUUAUGGAAAAUUUGAAUUUGCCCAUUUUCAGAUCAACGUCGAACAAUUUGGACCGUGGCACCUCAUGUAACCAUCAGCUGGGGAGUGUAAAGUGAAGACAGACUGGGUGAGAGAGAGAGGGUGACACCAGCCCGGUACAGGACACUCCGAGUAUAGUUGUGCAGACAGUCAAUGGCGGCGCUGUUAUCUGUUGUGUCUGCUGGAUUAUUUUGGUUUUGAGCCCGAGAUCCAAAAAAUAAUAAAGGCCAGAUCAAAGAGUAGCGAGUGGGCGCCCUAGUGAGUGAGUGGGGGCUGGAAAUCAGAGGCGAGGAAGGCUGGGCGGUGCAGGAGAGGCAGGAGGGUCGAGGCGGACAGCAGGACGAGAAGGACACCAGUGUGAUCCUUGCCCUCACCCUUGGCCCAGGCGAGGUCACCACAUGCCCCUAGGACGCGGCUGAAGCUGGACUGAAGCUGAGGAAGUGUGAGUGUGUGCUGUGCUGAAGGGGGGAAGUGUGGCCUAUGAGUGGUUAAUGCCAUGCCCCUCACCUCUGGCCACUCAGUGUGACCUUGGUGCUCAGCUCAGACAUGCUCCUUCAGGCACCUUGGAUUCCUGAGUCACUGAACAUGCAACCAAGCUACUAGCCCUGCAGCACAGCACAGCACAGCACAGCAUGAUAUUGUAGCAAGAAGGACUGCUACAGCAAACAUUCCAAUAGCAGAGCAGAGCGGCUUCACACUCAAGGCACAGGCUUGAGGUGGAGUGAGCCAAGUGCAGCCCGAGGACCCGCCAGGACAUGGAGCGAGUUGAGACAGGCCGCCGUGUGUGUGUGCUGGUCCCGUGACACUGCUGCUGUAUGAGACUAUGAACAGACAUGAGCAGAUGAUGUGUCUUAGUGCAUGGCUGUGUGAGACUCUGGUGUUGUACUGCAGGUGUUGGUGAUGCUGACUGGUGCUUGUAAGUAAGGCAUUCCACACCCUCAAACACACACCACACAUCUCUUGUUGAAUCGUUAGAUUAAAGUGGUCGCUUCUUCACCACCAUUACCCAUACUUAAAUCUUCACCAACACCACUGGCACUAUAUCCACCAUGGGGGACGUGGUAUAUGUGUACACGGCGCGCCAGGAGUGCCGGGGUGCCAGUGCCAAUGAGCCGGGCAUGGAGGCCAAUGAUGUGAUCCACGUGUCGGCUGAAUUCCUGCAGAAGCAAAAGAUGGUGCCGGACUGCCCCAAUGGCUGGCUGCUCGGCACCAACAUGCGUACCCGACAAGAGGGAUACUUCCCAGGCUACUUUUUGGUGCUGAACGGUACACUCCGCCGCAGCACUGCCACUCCUGAGGGGAAGCCACCACUCGCUGAACAGCAUUACUUGAAUCUUGGGCUCGUUGCAUCCAGUGACUCCUCCCCAGGCCAGUUUGGUACGUAUAUACAGUCCUGUCCCUUACCUGCUGUGUGGUGUAUUGGUGAGUACUGUGUGGUGUUUAUACUCUUACUCUUUGCUGGAGACACUGCAGAUUUCGUCCGGGUAUUUGCAGAAGUGAUAGUUUCUGUGACUUAUAAGAUACUUGUAGUGGCAGUGUGUCUUUUGUUUUCUUUGUUUUCCUUUUUUUUACUGUUCUUUUUCUGCCACCCACUGUUAAAGGAUGCAGUGGGUGGGGAGGAGCCUUCGCCUUUAUUAUCCAGUGCCUCUCUUAAGAUAGUGUUGCUUAUAACUAAUAGUUUCGUGAGGGCAACUUGAUCCGCUAUCGUUAAUUCUUCUUGUAUUCAUUUCUUAUCUUUAUUAUUAUUAUUGUUAUUAUUAUUAUUGUUGUUGUUGUUGUUGUUGUUGUUGUUGUUGGUGUUGGUGUUGUUGUUGUUGUUGUUGUUGUUGUUGUUAAGGAGACAAAACGAUAUGAAGCCGGAUGAAUGAAUGAAUGAAUUAGUGAAUGAAUAAAUGGCAAUGGUAAUGGUGAUGAUAGUGAUAGUGAUGAAAAUAGUAGUGAUAGUGAUAGUGAAGGAAAAUAUCACAUAAGAAAAUGUUUAGUUGUAAGAUUAAGUUAGGUUAAGUUAGGUAGUGGUGAUGGUGAUAGCAGUGAUGAUGAUGGUAAUGACGGUGGUGAUGAUAAUUAUAGUGACUGAUAGCAAUAGAAGAAGAAAAUGUUUAGUUGCUAGUUUAAGUUAGCAUAGAUGGUGAAUGGUGAUAGUGGUGAUGGUGACGAUAGUGACUGAUAUAUAGUAAAGAAAGAUAUUAGAGGAAGAAAAUGUUUAGUUAAAGUUAGCAUAGGUGGUGAUGGUGAUAGUCGUGAUAGUGGUGAUAGUGACUGAUAGUGACUGAUAUGUGACUGAUAUAUAGUAAAGGAAAAUAUGAGAGCGAGAAAAUGUGAAAUAUGAUCCGUGACUUCCUCAUCCACCUGAUUGCGUGUCGCCAGGUGAUGUGGAGCCGGUGUGUGGGUCGCUGGGACGGCAGAAGACAGGUGUGCGGCAGGCUGGGAGGACAGAGGACAUGUGUGGGAAGGAGGACAGGAGAGCUGGGGACAGGUGUGUGAAGGAGGACAGGAGAGCUGGUACAGGUGUGUGAAGGAGGACAGGAGAGCUGGGACAGGUGUGUGAAGGAAGACAGGAGAGCUAGGACAGGUGUAGGAGAGGAAAGAAGAGCUGGGACAGGUGUGUGAAGGAGGACAGGAGAGCUGGGGCAGGUGUGUGAAGGAGGACAGGAGAGCUGGGGCAGGUGUGUGAAGGAGGACGAGAGCUGGGACAGGUGUAGGAGAGAACAUGAGGGCUGGGACAGGUGUGUGAAGGACAGGAGAGCAGAGGACAGGUGUAGGAGAGGACAGAAGGACUUGAAACAGGUGUGAAGAGGACAGAAGAACUAGAGAACGAAAAAAAAAAAAACUAGAAACAGGUGUAUGGGGAGGAAAGGAGAGUUAUAAUCUAGGAACAGGUGUGGUGAAUGGCAGGAAUGGGGACAAGGGCUGAGAAUAAGGGCUGGGAAUAAGAGAUGGGGACAAGGGCACUAGUUGGACAGCCUUUCCCAAGGGCCCUGAGUUCAUAAGCCCUUGAAACCCCAAAUCUUGAAGUCAUUUGUCCCACGACUCCCUGAAUGCCUAAGUUCCCAGGACCCCAAGACUCCAAGUCCCUAAAUUCGCAAGUCCCCACACCCUGAAGCCCUCGAACUCCCAAGAACCCGAAUCCUCAAGUCCCUGAGUCCCCAAAUUCCCAUAAACCCAGGAGCCGAAGUCUUCACGUCCCCAAGACCACAAGUCCUCUAGACCCCGAGUCCUAAAGUCCCCAAGUCCCUGAGUCCCUGAGUCCCCCAAAGCCUCGCCCCACCGCCGCAGGACUCUAUCGAUCCGCUCCUCUCGGCACCAAUCCAGGACCCCAGAGAGAGAGAGAGAGAGAGAGAGAGAGAGAGAGAGAGAGAGAGAGAGAGAGAGCGAGAGAGAGAGAGAGAGAGAGAGAGAGAGAGAGA